UGCACUGAGAUGAGGAUGUUUGUCUGAAGAACCAUCCCUAAAGGUGCUCAGAGCAACAAAUCCUCACAAACAGAGCUACUCACUGAGGAAUUAAUGCAUCUUGUGAGCCUUGGCCAUGUCAAGAAAAAUAAUUGCAGUAAAACUGCAGUUAGCCAUGGCUUGGAGCACAUUCCUUUUUUUUGGUCUGAUCCUGCUGGUAAGAGCUUGAAAUUCAAGCCAAGGCAAGAUGCAGCUCACCAAGUCACAGAUCAGAUGUAAACACUGCAUCCAUCUGCCUGCAGGAUUUACUGGGUGCCCAUUGCUUCUGAAAUCUCUGUUCCCGGGUGCCUUUCUGAUGUGCCAAAGAAAUGGCAGCAGCUGCAGUGUGGUGCUGGUGUGGCUCUGGUUUGGGUUUUCCUUGGAAGCCAUAGGGACAGGAAUGUCUGGUGAAUAAAGCAAAUUUCAGGGUGAGGUCUGUGACUAGGUGGGGUGAGGCUUUCCCUCUCUUUAUUUUUUUUUUCCUUGACAGUAAUUGAUUAAAAACCAAAUCCUUUUUGUCUACUGAAAAGCCAGACUCUUAAGACUUUCAGGCAAAUAGCAAAACCAUUUUUGUUCCAAAGGAGAUGGAAAAAGGAAUUAUUUUGAAUUGGCUGUGGAGAAUUAUUUGUGGAGAGUUGAUAUCCUUUCUGUGCUACUACUGGGCACUUGCACACAGGUAUCUUUCACUGUUAAGGUGAAAUAAUUGUUAAGAUAUUUAUUAUUGGGGUUUGGCUGUUUGCAGUUUCACUUCCUGCCACAGGGAUUAUAUAAUCCAUGUGUAGUUAAGACCAUUGAGAAUUUCUCUCUCUAGUGUUUUACUAAGAAUUAAUUUUGUUGAGCACAGCUGUCAUUAGUGGCUUCUGCCCACUGUCUGACAAAUGCUGUAGCAUUUUUUUCAAAAGCUAAUAAUGUUCCCUUCCACAACCAAAAUAGCAGAUCAAGGAAGAUACCAAGCACCUCCUUAAUUUUAUUAUAUGCUAGGGUUUGUCAGUUGUUGUCUCUUGGUUUGGAUUUUUUUUUUCUUAAUUGGAGUGAGAUUUCUUAUGAAUAAUGAAAUUAAUGUCUUUUGCAGCCAAAAUAAACACCAUAUGGUCAGGGAGAAAGGGACCAGGAAAAGAUGAGGAAGGCACAGCAGCAGCUGAAGCUGAUAGGAGACAAAAUGGACUGAAGGAAGCAAAGGGGCCAGGUGAGAACAGACCAAGUCUUGCCAGUGAGGGUGGGAUCCCAGCACUGUGAUUAACACCACUGUGAAAAGCACAGGAUUUGUGUUUUUCUGGAAAUUCCAGUGAGGGUGGAGCCUCUGUGGAGUAACCUGUGUGUACAGUUACACACUGGGCACAGCUCGUUUCUGCUCCUGCAGGUGCUGGCAUAUUUGAGGGGACUGGGUGGCAGGUGAAUGAGAUAACACAGAAGCACAGCAGACAUCAGUUGGUGUUCUCCUAGUCAUUGAAAGCUGGGGUGAAGAGGCUUUGUGCUUGCAUUUGAAGAUGAUGGCAAGAGGUUCACUGUAGGCUGAGUGUUAAUUACCAUCUUUCUCUUCCAGUUAAUGACCAGGGAUUCAGUAAUGCUAAGUUGUGAUGUUAUUUAUGGAUUUUGGGUGCUGUACCACAGGCUGUGCUGGCCCAAGCCAUACCUUUGUGGGACUGUCAGCUGUCCCUGCAGGGCAUGGUGGAACAGGUAGGACUGCAGAGCACAACACCAGCACCUGGGUUUGUUGGCUCCUGGAGGAGGACCUGCCUUCACUGAAAGGGCUCUUUCACAUAAAUACCCACAGAACCCCAGGCAGACCUCAGCAGAGAUUGAAAGGUGCAUCUCCCUGCACAGACAUUUGUGUUCCUGCUGCUGUUCAGUGCAUCUGUAACCAUGACCCCCAUCAGCAAGUGCUUGUUUAGCCAACUCCAGAGCCUCAAAGCUGCCUUUGAGCCCUCAAAGCUGCCUUUGAGCUGCCUUGUGCAGGUGUCUGCAGGCUGAGGCUGCAGCUCCAGCGUGCCCAGGGCUCCUCGUGUCACCUGAGUGUCACUGCCUGCUCCCUGUGUCACCUGCAGUGUCACUGCCUGCUGCCUGUGUCACUGCAGUGUCACUGCCUGCUCCCUGUGUCACCUGCAGUGUCACUGCCUGCUGCCUGUGUCACCUGCAGUGUCACUGCCUGCUCCCCGUGUCACCUGCAGUGUCACUGCCUGCUCCCUGUGUCACUGCAGUGUCACUGCCUGCUCCCUCUGUCACCUGAGUGUCACUGCCUGCUCCCCGUGUCACUGCAGUGUCACUGCCUGCUGCCUGUGUCACCUGAGUGUCACUGCCUGCUCCCCGUGUCACCUGCAGUGUCACUGCCUGCUCCGGGAGCACUAGAGGGGGCCCUAGGACAGGGCAGGGAAGGGAGGGGAAAAAAUGGCAGGGGGACCAACCCCCACCCCAAAUGGAUGUUCAAGAUCUGUCCUGAAGCUACUGAGACCACAGUGCAUUGCUGGGUUUGCCCCCAUUGGGCUCUGAGGGCUUUGUGCUGCUGUGCCAUAUGUCCUUUGCAUAAUGUAUGGUCUGGGUGAAGGCAGAGGGGAUGAGAGUCCUCACAGGAUUGUGUCCCUGGCCAUGGCAACGAAAACCAAGAGCUUGCUUUGUCACCAUUAAUAUUGACACAGGCAGGAAAACAGAUCCACCAUAUACUGGCUUUUCACACAAAAUCUGCCCCAUGACUGUUUUUCCCUUUUUUUCUCCUCAGUGCCCCCAUAAGAAGCCCCCUGGGUGUUUCCAUUUCCAUCAUGAGCAGUGUGUUACACUGGGCUGUCAGGGGAAUCUCCUGCCAGUCAGUCUUGUGUGAAAUGGCUCCAAUAACGUGUUCAGCCUGGUCAGGGGGAAUCCUGAUUACUUCAGCCCUGGUUCAUGGCAGUGGUGUGGGGCUUGUGCCAGCACAGCUAAGCCCAGGAGUCAGUGACAAACAUGCAACCUGUGGAUCUGAGCAGUGCUUUGAGGUAGUUCUGUUAAGUCAAAUUCUAAUCAGGGAUGAAAAUGUGUUUGAGAAUGAUGGAAGAGAGAUGUGGUGUUCAAGCCUGGAUAGAAUCCUGUGAGGCAGGCUGUGUUAUGUGGAGCAGCCCGAGGUGAGAUCAGGUCCUGCAGCCAUCUGGCAGCUCAGGAAAGGGAGCAGGGACGUGGAGCUGUGGCCACUGACUGCAGAAUCAAAAACCAAAUCACUUCUACCAAGGGGAAGAGUGAAAUCACACUUCUGCCUGCGUGCAAGAUUUAUCUGCACAAUUAAAUGGUUGUGUCUGUAGCUGGUGGAAAAACAUGCCAUUAUAUAAUCCCAGUGGGAGGAACUCUGCAAUGUCUCUGAGUGCAUUGUCUUACUGAGGGAAGCUGCCUAUCUAAAGCCAAGUCAACAUAUAUGGUAAAAAGCAGUUUUUGCUCUCAGAUUAGACACAGAUAUCCCCCUCUCCAGUUUUAUUUCUCAGCCUAUUUUUUUUCUUUCCCAUCUCUUUCAGAGACCUUGCAAACAACAGUGAAUUCCAGCAUAAAUGGAAUAUAAACAAAGUUCAUAUAUGGUAUAAGCAUAUGAGAACCACACUGGAAUGGUAUUAAUUUAAUUUUAGUUGAGUGAUUUAAUAACUACAAGUGAAAGGCCAUGUAACAGGGCAAAGGUAUUUCAGAAACAGUGCGUCCUGUGAGAAUGCUGAAUUAUUGCAUUUAUUAUAGAUUCCCACAGUUAGCCUCUAUAUUCACAUUCCUCUCAUUUUGCUCCUCUGAGGUGGCUGACAGAUACAGAGGGCUUUUCACAAGGAAUAAUAUGCAACUGAGUUUUAUCUGCAAUAUGCAUUGCAUGAACUAUGAUCUAAUAUAGCACUGAACACAUACUGUUCAGUAAUAAUUAGUAAAGGAUGUUGUAUGAGCAGAAAAGCUUCAUACUCAGAAGUGUUCUUUGAUUCCUUGUAAUUUAAGUCACACCAGAGAUUUCAUUUCCUUAAAUUACACCCUAAUGUGUAUGAACAAGUCACAUUUUCUCUUCUAAAUGCAUGGAUAUAUAUAAAAUGCAACUCUUUCAGUAAGAUUGCAGUGAUAAUUUUCCCUUUAAGAGAUGGCACUAGAUGCUCAAAGAAUUGCUUAACUUGUUAAUUGAGCCACAUACACUCACCAAGGAGCUCACCAUGCUGUGUGGAUGUCAGAAAGCAGUUUGAAUAUAGAAACUUGUCACUUAGGAAUGUGUUGGCUGUAAUUUAGAUCUCCAUUAGGUUUGAGUGGGUUAGGGAAAAAAAAAAUUAAACUUUAGAAAUCCGUAGUGGAAGUUCUGAGCUUACAACAUCAAUUUGCAAUGCUGUGCCCUCAAGUCAGCAGCACCAGUCCCAACAAAUAACUUCUGCCAUGGCUCUCCCAACAGACACCCUGCUGGAAGUGCUUCCUACACUUAAUAAAUAAAUGGGCUUUCCUGGGAGCAAAGCAAAGAGCUGAGUGUUCCCUCCCAGCAAGCAGCAGUGGCACAAGGUGAUUUUUCAGUUUGGCUUGCUUGGAAUGUAAUAACAGCCUGGGAUUGUGAAGUAUUUCUGCAAAGAGAAAUGGGAGCAUUCCUGCUCUGUGCUGCCAUUGCUCUGCAGGCUGAGGAGGCCUUUGGGGGCAGCCAGGAGCAGAGCUGGCAGCUGCUGCUGCAGGGUGAUGGGCACACAGUGGGGAUCUGCAGGAGCCAGACCAGCCAGGUGCAUUUCCUGCUGCAUGCCUGCAUGCACGGGAGGCUUUGCCCUGCCUCAAAGUGGGUAUUGCAGUGACCUGCACAGGGAGCCUCCCACCAUGGCACAUUUUACCAGGCUGUGCUUUCCCUGGGAAGUUACUCACAGAGCUGUUUUUCUCAGUGUAAGGAUCUCAGGGGUUUCUGUGGUCUGGAUGACCUGAGAUGUGUUAGAAAGUCUCUUUUCCCAGCCUGGCAGUCGAAGAAGGAGUCAGAAUUCUUCUGUUCUGGUUGUCAAGGUUGUUUAUUUUCUGUUAUCUAUAGCAUUCCUUUCCUGACCUGCUGAGGUCUGUUCAGCAGGUCAGUCUAUGGCACACUGCCCACCUUCAGGGCAGCGUUGUCUUUUAUACUAAAAACUACAUGUACAUUAUUUACAAUAAUUUCCCAAUAUCUAUCACCUAUGUUAGACAUUCUCUGUCUACCUUAAACUAAUCCAAAAGUGCCACCAUCACCCAGAAGAUGGAAGCUAAGAAGAAGGACAAGGUAUGCCUAAAUCCCUCCAUCUUGGCUUCUGAACUCUUAUUCUAAAAACUCAAAAUUCUACUUUUUUCUCUUGUAACAAACUAACUAUCUUUCUACUUAAACUUUCGUGGCUUGUGAAUCCUCAUACAAGGUUGGUAAUUGUUUUUGGAGGAAUGUCCUGGGUUCCAACAUAAGGAAGAUGAGAAAGCAAUGCAGGAUUGCUGCAAAGCCUGGGUGGGAGUUGUUUGAAUGCUGGAUGUGCUGCACUGCCCCUCCCUUGGCACAGAGCUGUCCCUGGACGUGCAUUGGAGCUGCUGAGAGCCAGAGACUGGGACCUCAACCCCUGGGCAAAACUCAGCUGCUGUCUGCAGGUGUCACCCUCAAACUGGGGAGCUCAGCUUCAGGUAACUGAGAAUUCCAUCAAAGUCUAAGAGUAAAUAGUCUGUGCUUAAAUGCACUCCUGCUGCAUUUUAUUUUUUAGUAAGGUGAGCUUGGUGCAGUGUCAGUGAAAGUCAGCAAUGCCCAGAGUGUGGUAAUGGCCAGGCUGGGUGUGUGGUCAUGUUUCAGUUACAGCUCAGGCACAGACACAGCAGUGCCUCUUAUCUGGCGCUAUCAGCACAUGUGGAAAAGUAUCUGGGAAAAAUAUGAAAAUAUAGAAAUGCUAUUUCCAAGUGCAGAGUGUCCCCUGGGAAGAGGGAGAGGAGGAGGACAAUGUUUAUUCUUAAAGAUUCAACAAGGUACCAAAACAUAAACAGCUCCUCUUGACUUCAGUGAAGACAGCAAAGGGCAGCCUCAGGUUGUGCCACCCCAGGCCUGUGAUGUGUACAGUUUCUUCAGUGACAUAAAGUAUUUCUACAACUAAAUUUUCCAUGGAAAAUAGCUGCUUUAAAAUAAACAGACUUAACUUCCUUAAUUCAUGCAAACUCAAAAGUUCACAGUUAACCACUGAAAAAUGCAAAAGGCCAAGGAAAGGUGGAAAUAUCUCUGCUGGUAGAAAAUUCAGCCCUAAUUACUUCUCCCUGAAAUGAGAGUGGCUGUGGCAUAUAGAGGAACUCUGCAGAACAACUUGGAAGUUCUGUUCAGUGACACCUGCCUUCAUGUGAUCCCUGAGGCAGUGUUUAUUAAGAAUAUAAUUUUCUUUAACAGCUUUUCUCCCCAUCAUCCCCAGUGGCUGAUCCUGCUCCAGCAAGGAAAUCCUGGUGGCUUUCAGAACAGCAGCAGCAGAACUGGAGAGAGGUUUGGAAUAAGAUGGACUUGAAGCUGGUUCAUCCUUCCUGGGUUCUGUGUCUGGCCUUUGUCAAUAUUCACUUUCUGCAUCUAUUUCAUGGUAACACCACUGAUUUAUUGGUUAAAUCAUAAGUCAAAAGAACUCAAUUUUACCUGAGAUUUGAGAUUUUCAGUUUAUCUUCCAUUUUCUGUCUCCAUCAAAUAGAAGCUACUUGUCCAAAACUGUCCCCCCUCCCCUAAAUGAAUUUGCUGCUAGGUCAUUUUUAUAUGUCAUAAAUUGUUUAUAAUUUUAUUUUCUAGCCAGUUUAGGAUAAAACUCUGGGGUUUUUCAUCUUGAGUGAUUGAAUAUGAGUAUCCACGAGGAACCACUCCCAUAAUUAAGUUAAAUGAGAGCAACACAAAGUUACUGGGUUUUUGUGAUGGUGAAUAACUCCAAAUAACUCAGAGCUUCCCACGAGCAGAGGUCUGGAGAAGACUAAAAAGUCUCUGCUUAUGUAAGAGUAGAACAUGCUCAGUUUUUUGGAGAAUCCUUAGCUCUGAAUGCUGAGAACUUGUCAUAGUGCAGUGUAGCAAAACCAAGGCUCUGUUCUAAUUAAGACUUACUCGGAUUUUUCAGUUUUUCCCAUUCCCUGGCUGAAAUUUCCUGUGUCUUGUAACCAUUUAACAAUAUGUUACUAACCAUCCAUUAUGUCCUGCUUUAUUCUCUUUUAGAUGAAAGAACCAUGUAAAAAAAAAGAAUUCUCCAGCCCCUGUGACUGAAUUUGAGCGAUAAUGUCAAUGGAAUUAACACAUUGCCAGUGUUGAAUGGGCUCCUGUGGCUGUAUAAACAUCAAGAUCUUUUGGCACUGUCUCACCUAAUGCAAGACAGGACUGACUGAUGAGGAUGUGGCACAGAAGCAGUUUGGGACUCCCUGGGUCACAAAAUCAGAGAAGAUGGCUGCACUGCAGAAGGCAGAGCUGGUCAUGCAGCCCCAGCCAUUGCUGCAGAUCCUUCCUCUCUUUGUCCCUUCGGACAUCAAAGGCUCGCAAGGGGACAACCCUGGCGGGAAGCUCCUCCCUGCUCAUUAGGCUCCAUAAAACAGGAACUCACCUUGGCUAGCUGUGCUUGGAGCCCCAUCCUCACCCCGCUCACUCUUGACACUGGAUCUCGGAAGGAAGGGCUUGUGCUUGCUUCAGGAAAUCGGACCUGCUUUGGAACUGGACUAUUUUGGCUCCUCUUGGAAGAACUCUGGUGGCUCUCUUGGCCCUGCAAGCUCCUCGACGUCACAGUACAUGGAAAAAUGCAAGCUUUACCAGACGUGAAAGCGCCGUGUGAGGCCCUUCCUUCCCCCAGCCUGGAGCCCUUCCCACAGAGCUCCAUCGUGGUCACCCUCGAGGACAUGGGGCUCUGGAUGAAGUUUCACCAGAUAGGAACUGAGAUGAUCAUCACCAAAUCUGGCAGACGAAUGUUUCCUCAAUGCAAAAUCAAAGUCUCUGGCUUAAUCCCGUAUGCCAAGUACCUCAUGCUGGUAGAUUUUGUGCCAAUGGAUAACUUCAGGUACAAAUGGAAUAAAGAUCAGUGGGAAGUUGCUGGAAAAGCAGAGCCCCAGCUGCCUUGUCGCACCUAUGUCCACCCAGAUUCCCCAGCUCCUGGCAGCCACUGGAUGAAGGAACCUGUCUCCUUCCAAAAACUGAAGCUCACUAACAACACUCUGGAUCAACAUGGGCAUAUCAUCCUGCACUCCAUGCACCGUUACAAGCCGCGCUUCCACAUCGUGCAGGCCGACGACCUCUUCAGUGUCCGCUGGAGCAUCUUCCAGGUGUUCAGCUUCCCUGAGACUGUCUUCACCUCUGUCACUGCCUACCAGAACGAGCAGAUUACAAAGCUCAAGAUUGACAACAAUCCAUUUGCUAAAGGUUUCCGUGAGCAUGGGAAGAACACUCGAAGGGAAGGACGAGCCAAAUGCCAGAAGCCCAGUCCAGCCAAGAGCCAGAAGAGGAAGCUGCCUGAGGAAAAGGAGCCUGCUGCUGAGGAACGUGAUUUUGAGAAGGAUGAGAAUGUGGACGUGAAGGAAGAGAGUAACCCGGUGGUGGUGAGCAGUGGCUAUCCCUUCUGGGGCUCGGAGCAGAGCAGCAGCCAGGCCUUCCCUGCAGCCUCACCAGUGCCUGCUGAGCAGAGGGAGCCUCUGGCCAGGGAGCAGCAGGUGCCAACACCAUCCUACCACACAUAUCGGUUCCACGAAGCUGGGGACAGCCAGCAGCUUCCCAGCCGUGACACCGCCACCCUGAACGAUUUCCGCGCACGAUGCCACGCCUUGGAUCUCGCCAUGGUGCCCGAGCACGACUCCAAACAGCUCCCAGAGGGCUUCACCAACCUGCCCCCACUGCCCCCACCUCUGCCUCCUCCCCAGGACUACACAGGAGUGGUGAACAUGGCUCUGGACUCUGUGGGGAAAGCCGGGCCCCGCGCGCCCAUGUACGGUCCCUAUGGCACCGAGCAGGGCCUGGGGCAGUGGGUGGUGCCUUCCCACAGCCAGUACAGGGCAAUGAGCUACUCGGCCUUCUCCACGGAGUACAACACACAGGGAACUCCAGGACAUGCCCACGGCACCAUGGCAGAGUGGAGCCAGUACCCUCUGUUCCCCUACGCCUGCUGGUGAAUGGGGAGGACCCUUCCCAGUGAAAAAACUGAAAGAAAAUUGUAAAUGAGAUUGACUUUACUGUUGAACUUGUGAAGCUUUGCCUACACUAGGCAGAGGUAUUGCUGCCAGCAGUAGAGUGGGACACCUUCACUUCCUUGUCUCCUUGCACAACAACCCUCACCAUAUUUCACAAGCAGUGGUUGAACUGGUGGCUGCCCCAGCCAUGUCACUGUGGAUCAGGCUCAAUGUGUUGUGCAGUGGCUUUUUCCCAGCAGGAGCAGGAAACCAGAGGUCUGCAAGAACAGUAUUUAAAUAGCUGCUGAACUCACAGUCAGUGUUUGCACCUUGCAUUUGGCAGCUUCCAACAUCCCUUCCUCCUGGGACCUGGUGCAAGGAGAUAGGGGCUGAGGACUUCCAGUAAGCCAUCCAUGUGGCCAGAAAGCUGUAGAAAAUAUUGCAAAGGCAAGCAAAGCAAGCAAUCCUGGUGAACUCUGAGCAGCUUCCUCAGUCAGUGUAGUCAAAGUAAAGCUAGAGUCUUGCCUUUCUUCCAGCAGCAGGUGAGAGUAAAAUGCACAGCAAGGUGUGUCUGGAGCACAGCAGGGGCAGAGUUUGCAGAGUCUGCAGGCAGGGGAGAGUUUGUUCCAUGCAGAAGUAGCAGCAAGGGUGUGUGUGGUGUCUUCCUGUCCCUGAGUCCAUCCCUCCUCUGUCAGCCCCAGAUUCGAGGUCAGUGAAAAGCUCUGUGGAUGUGGAGGGAUGUGGUUCAUGGAAUGUGGGGGGCUCCUCUGGGGCUUUCCAAUGCUGUCAGAAACAGGGCCAUGAACAGCAGUGCUCUCUGUCACUCCAGACUCUUCCUUUGGAGGGAAAGGAGAUUUUCCACUGUGAACUUACUCCUUCUCCCACUCCCUGCCUGGAGAAUAUCAUUUAUAGCUGUGCUUCCUGCCCUGCUCUGUGAGUGUGUGAAGUUAUCUCACCUGUUUGGGAGUCUGCAGGGAUCUGUCCAUGUUUAAUCAGAGUGGUUCCACCUCCCUCCUCUGUGGUCCCAUCCUGGGCAGGAGCAGCCUGUGCACAAGCAGGCAUUCUUUUCAUCUUCCUCUUAGAAGGGGGAGGCCUCCCUGUUUGCCCACGUGCAGAUGGCACUGGGGACUUGGUGACACAGACUCAUUGCUUCUCAGGGAGGAUAGAAAUGCUCCUGGGUGUUAUUUAGGGAAUGUUUUCGUGUCACACUAAUAGCUGCUGUGUGGCACUGAGGUGUGUCAUUUAGCCUGUGUGCCAGAUGGUUUUCUGUGUGAGAGUGUGUGUGUGUAGCAAGAUGUUAUCUCUGAGCAGACCUGUGCAGUUUGUGCCUCAGGACCCCUGUGCAGGGACACUGGGAAAGGCUGUGCACCAGGUUUUUGGGGCACCAGCUCCUCGGUGUGCAUCUGCAUAGCAUAGGGAUGUUGAGCCACGUUGUUAUUGUUAAAAUUACUGUGAAAAGCAGCCCUGUAAAUUUGUGGGCUCAGCUACAAUGACUGUUUUCUUAUUUAAAUUGUAUAUUGCAAACUGCUUUUGUACCACAAUUAUGAUAUGUACAGAGCAGCUGAGUACUUCCCCUGGGCUUCCCAGGGUUUGAGGAUGUGCAGCAUUUAAAGAAAGGUCAGACUUUGCCACAGUACAUGUACAUAAUGCCCUGUGAGUCUCCCCUCUGAUGGCACCCUGGCCAGUAAUGGUUUGUACCUGCUGUGCAUGACACACAUGUGGAUGUGAGCAACUCACUUAAAAAGAAAUCUGGCUGGGGAAACAAAAUGUGUAGCAGGCCUUUGUUAAUGCCAAAAUAUCAUGAUUUCCUGCUGUCCAAAUGCCAGCUCUGUGAAGGCAGGUCAGCUGUAAAAGGCUGUCUCUGGUCAUUAGUAGUUAAUUUUGCUACCACUGUCCUUCACAUCUUGGAAAUGAGAGGAGCAGAAUGGCCGGGGAGGUGAGUGCCUUGGGCACCAUGUGCAGGGACCCGAGGGGGUACUUUGUUCAUGGGAUCGCUGCCAGCAGCAUGCCCACAAGAGAGAGAGAGAGAAUGCAUCCCCCACAGGCUACCUGGCUGGAUCUGUUGCUUUAUCUUUGUAGCUGGGAUGUGUUUCCCUGUCACGGAGCGCUAAUGAGGAUGAAAAGCUGCAGCGAGCAUGAGUAACUGAGGCCAGCUGGGCAGCACUGGGGAAUUCCUGUGAAAAUACAAGUGCAAUGCCGUUUCUUUCAAACCUUUGCAGUAGCAGCGCAGGUGCUGCUGCCCCCUGGGCAUGUCGGUAGAGCUGCUUUGGCAGACGGGGUAAAAGACUCGGCUUUGUGCCUAGGACGAGCCAUCAAUUACUCAUCAGCCUUCUGUUGCAACAGGACUGCUCGCCCUUCUCCAGUGAAUCAUCCGGCGUGCAGAAGUACCUAUCCUUUCUCUCUGAUUAGAGACUGUGCUCGGCUCGCUCGGGAAGCCUUGGGAGAUUUUGCCUGUAGGUGUGCUCUGGACUCUGCUCCCGCCCCCUCGCUCUGCAGCUCCCACUGCCUUGUUUUCCUAAGCUGUGGCAUUUCAAGCCUGUAUGAGCUCGAUUGAAAUGCUGGUUUUGCACGCAUGUGAGAUAAUGUAAUGCCUCUGACAGCUUCAAUAAAAGGAAAUGAGACAUGUGGAAGUCAGGCCGUAAAGACUAAUAAAAUAAAC